CAGAACUUAUUAUACUUCGCUUCUACUGGUGUACGUUCGGUAUGGCAACGUUGUUCUAGUUGCAAUACAGUGCUGGUCACAGUAUCAGUGGUGAAAGUGGCAAGUGGGAGUGAAAGAGAUAAUAGGAAAAUAGAAAAGGAAAACAUAGCAACGCGGACCGCGGAAACCAGUAACGAGUAAAUUGAGAACGAGAAGUUGAGAAACGUUGCGGUUUCUCUUUCACCUGUCGACUUUUUCUUCCGAUAUUAUUUAUUAAUUUUUUCAUUUAGAACUUAAAAAUUCUUCCAGAUUAUUUACAAUAAAUGAUUGUGAUAAAUAGGUAGUGCCAAAACAGUGUUUUUUGCAAUAAUAACAUUUAACAGCUGUCAGAAAUGCUCUAUCUCGUGCUCUUGCUAUUUAAAUUCCAAUUGCUCCUAACCUCGUUGCAUGCUUACAAAGUGAAGGAUCCCGAAGUUACUGUGAAUGCUUCCUUGACGAAUUCCACGAAUGGUUUUGUCGUUUCGCACAAUGCGAAUAAUUCGAAAACUCCUGUUUCUGUGCCCACCGAAGGUGGAAGUGUGCCAAUAACUAAAUCUUCAUCUCCAUCCCAGAAAAAAAGUGAAAAUGACCAUCAUGUGAGCGAACAUAUUGUAAAAAAUUAUUCCGAUAUCAAGAAGGGAGAUGGAAGAAACGUAUCAGUGCCUUUAGUAGAUAAAAUUAAUAAUCCGGUUAUGAAGAUAAACCAAGACCUUGGUGAAGGAAUUCCCGGAAAAAAUGAUAACAAAUCGGUAUCAUCCCGUAAACUCACGAGCAGCGUUUCGGUUGCUAAUUUAACCGCUGCUCCAGUCACAAAAAAGCCUAAAAAACCUACGAUAACGGAGCAUGAUGAAUCUUACUAUGUGCGUCAGACAUCGCAAAGUGCUGUUCCUGAACCUAAACCUAAAUCAGACAGUCCAGAAUCAUCGGGAGUAUUUAAAGCACCUACCACGAACGAAAGACAAAAAUACCUCAUUCCGAUUGUUGCCGUUAUUUUGUCGGUGCCUUUUGUUGCCAUUUUGAUAUCGUUAAUUUAUAAGAAGGGCUCAGAUUGGUGGAGAUACCGGCAUUACAGACGAAUGGAUUUUCUCAUCAAUGGAAUGUAUGAUACAUGAAUAUGAUCCCGUGCAGUGAUGGC